AUGAGUGUCAGGAUCUCCUCAUCCAGCUUCAGCAGCGGUGGCAGCAUGAGCGGUGGUGGCUUCAGCAUUGGUGGCGGCGGCGGCAGCAUCAGGAGGAGCUUCUCCAGCCAGUCCGCCAUGGCAGGUUCCAUCGGUGGCGGCCGCAUGAGCUCCGUGUCCAUGAGGCGCUCUGGUGGCCUGGCCUUGGGAGGUGGUGGCGGUAGUUCCAGCUUCAGCUACAGCAUCGGCGGAGGUGGUGGUGCUGGAGGCCUGGCCCUCGGCGGUGGAGGCCUGGCCCUCGGCGGUGGAGGCCUGGCCCUCGGUGGUGGAGGCAUCGGUUUUGGAGCUGGAGGUGCUGGCAUCGGACUGAGCAUGGGUGGUGGUGGUGGCUUUGUUGCACCUGCACCCGCCAUCACAGCUGUCACAGUCAACCAGAGCCUGCUCGCCCCCCUGAACCUGGAGAUCGACCCCACCAUCCAGACCGUCCGCACCCAGGAGAAGGAGCAGAUCAAGUCCCUCAACAACCGCUUCGCCUCCUUCAUCGACAAGGUACGCUUCCUGGAACAGCAGAACAAGAUGCUGGAGACCAAGUGGUCCCUUCUCCAGGACCAGACCACUGUGCGCUCCAACAUCGACUCCAUGUUCGAGGCCUACAUCGCCAACCUGCGCAGACAGCUUGACGGCCUGGGCAACGACAAGGUCAAGCUGGAGGGAGAGCUGAGGAACAUGCAGAUUCUGGUUGAGGACUUCAAGCUGAAAUAUGAAGCUGAAAUUAACACGCGUGCCACAGUGGAGAAUGAGUUUGUUCUGCUGAAGAAGGAUGUUGAUGCUGCCUACAUGGUCAAGGUGGAACUGGAGGCCAAGGUUGAUGCCCUUACGGAUGAGAUCAACUUCCUCAGGGCCGUCUAUGUGGAGGAGCUGCGUGAGCUGCAGGCACAGAUCAAGGACACCUCUGCUAUUGUGGAGAUGGACAACAGCCGCUCUCUGGACAUGGACUCCAUUGUUGCUGAAGUGCGUGCUCAGUACGAAGACAUCGCCACCCGCAGCCGUGCCGAGGCUGAGAACUGGUACAAGGCCAAGUUUGAGGAGAUGCAGACGUCUGCUGGCCAAUACGGUGUAGACCUGCGUGCAACCAAGUCAGAGAUCGCAGAGCUCACCCGCAUGAUCAGCCGUCUCUCAAGCGAGAUUGAGGUCGUCAAAGGACAGCGUGCCAGUAUUGAGGUCCAGAUUGCAGAGGCUGAGGAGCGAGGUAGCCUAGCAGUACAGGAUGCCAAGCUGCGCAUCAGGGACCUCGAGGAGGCCAUCCAGAGAGCCAAGGCGGACAUGGCCCGCCAGGUGCGCGAGUACCAGGAGCUGAUGAAUGUCAAACUGGCCCUCGACAUUGAGAUCGCCACCUACAGGAAACUGCUGGAAGGAGAGGAGUCCAGAAUUGGAGGUGCCUCUGCAACCGUUCACGUUCAAGAGACUUCAGCUGCUGUUGGUGGCGGUGGCCUGGCCCUUGGUGGUGGCGGUGGCCUGGCCCUUGGUGGCGGCGGUGGAGGUGGCGCUGGAUUCGGCUAUGGUGGUGGUGCCGGCAUUGGAAUUGGCGGUGGCAUCGGUGGUGGCCUUGGCAUUGGCGGUGGCCUUGCCAUUGGAGGUGGCUCCAGCCUCAGCAUUGGCGGUGGCAGCAGCAUGUCCAUGUCUCGCUCCUCUUCCUCCAUGAUGUCCAGUGGCAUCCGCCGCUUCUAA